AUGUCGGAAGAAAAUCCAGUCGAGGUGGAAACUAUUCAGCUUACAGUGAAGCUGCCGGAUCCAAUUAAUCAGAUAGGAUUCCAGGUCAGCUCAACGGACGCUGUUCAGGACAUCGCUCAGACUUUGAAGAUCGUGAGCCCCACGCAGCAUCAUACUUCUUUUGUUCUAUGUUCUUUGGAAGGACAGGUUCUGGACGAUGAAACAAUUAUUGGAGAUAUUUCCAGCUCUGGUUCGGCCACUGUGGUGUUGAAGAACAGUCCAUACACCGAGAAGAGUGCCAGAGAGCAUUUGCAAAGAGUUCGAGAAAUAGUUUCGUUGGAUCUGCCGUUGUUCUACGGUUCGUUGAAUGACAUCAGCGGCGUUUCCUCGGGAGCUUCCACUUACAGCCAGCUUGAUCUUGAUCCAGUGACUCAGACCAAAGAGUCAGAAGAUUCGGAAAACCAGGAGGUUCCAGAUUCGGUCAAGAGGAACAUCAUCGACACUGUUGACUCCAUAUUGAUCCAAAAACCAGUAGCAAACUCUGCCAACAAACCGCUGAAGCUGACUCCUGGUUUGCGUUCUUUGAACAUUUCAGCAUGGACCCCGCCAUCUCCACAAAGAGUUCUGAAAGGUGAUCUGCUCUACUUGCAAUGUCAGACCCUAGAAGGUGAGAGUUUCCAGAUCACAGCUCAUGUUACGGGAUUUUUCGUCAACAGCUCGUCUGUGUCGAAAUUCGACGGAUCCCCGCGGAAAGUCACAUCUGCAAAUGGUAAACACACCAGAACCUCCAGAGACCACUCGUUGUUGAGCUUGCUCAAGAGUCUUUCUCCAAAGCUCGUGGAACAGCUCGAAAUUAAUGCAAAAAUCUUAUCGGAGAAUAUCCAAGAUACCUUCUCUGUUCCAACUAACUCUUUGCUCGACAAUCCAUGGUUGGUGAAGGAAGAGUCAACACAAUACCCAGACAUGGGUAGAAUCCAGGAGAACUAUAUUCUUGGUGGUGCCGACGGAGCAGAUCUUGCAAAGGACUGGAACGACGAAUACCAGGGCAGCAGAGAUUUGCCAAGGACCAACUUGGUUGAGAUCAUGGCUCGUGAGAGGCUGUUGAAUAAGACCGGGUUCGACUUCACCGUGCAGGCCAUCAAGGGAGCCAUUUCCGUUGUCCAUGGCGAUGUUACCCCAAUGAAUCCCGGCGACGAGCCAUCGCAGUUGGUGUACCUCAGAAACGGCAUUUUCUACUCUCUGGGUGUUGAUGCUGCAGGUGACUUUGAGCGUUCCGGCGGUGACGAGGCCGCUAGGGUGGCUGCUGUCAAGGAUCUCAAUGGAGUCCGACUCUUGAACAGACUCGACUUCAACGAUGUUUUCCACUUGUGUACAGCCGUUGUUGACUACUGUGGACACCGUGUGAUCUGUCAAACUCCAGUUCCCGGAAUCUUCGAGGAACCUGUGUCUUCUGAGGAGGAGUCUGUUUCUAGAGUUAUUUACGGUAGCUCUGAGGCCCGCACCCAACUUAAUGGCGACCCAAAGAUUGGUGAAAAAUUCCAAAAGAUUGCAGAGGCUUUCCAUUUGAAGCCUCACAAGGCAUGGACCGUGAAUGGUGACCAGGUUCAGGACAUUGUCGUCUCGAUGGACACCAAGGGAAUGAAGGGAACUGACGGAAGAGACUACAUUAUUGAUCUCUACAGAACUACUCCGGUUGAUAUCGAGUUCAUUGAGAAGCAUUUCACUGGUGCUGACGAUGCUUACCCACACAGAGAAGUUGUCAUUCGCCAUGAGGCUGUGGAGGAAUGGUGGAGAAGAAGAUUUUCUUUGGCCAUCAAAGAUAAGUCUGAAUCGUUGGACAAAGAGACCAAGGAGUCUGAAAACGGCGAAAAGCCAACCUUGGGUGUCGACAUGUCGGAAUUGACUUUGAACCCAGAUGCUUUCUGUUUGACUUCUGCUCCUACGCCAGAGCUUGCUGAAGAAUUGCAAAGGGACGAGCAGAGAGUCAGAGAGGUUUCCAAGUUCGUGAGUGAAGUUCUGCUUCCUGAACUGGUUUCUGAGCUCGAGGUCUCCGAGGCGUACACUCCAAUCGAUGGUAAACACCUGACCAACAUUUUACAUCGUCAUGGUGUCAACGUCAGAUACCUGGGAGCCAUGGCCCAACUGGUGGAGACCAGGAAAGAUGUUGUGGCCAGAGAGGAGGAGGAAAGACUCGAGAGCCUGAAGGAGGAGACACUUAUUGAGAAGACUGAUGAGGAAUCUGACGAACAGGAGGCGUCCAAGCUCGAUGCCACUCCUGUUUUGAACGUUUUGGACGCACUUUACCGUGCCACUGUCCAGGAAAUGAUUGCCAGAGGUGUUAAGCAUGUUCUCAGGAAAGUGUGCAGUUCUGUUCCUGUUACUCUUGUUCCUUACGUGAUUGCUCAUUUCCACAACUGUCUAUUGGGUGUUGAGGGCAAGCUUGAUAUUGACGAGCUGCUUUUGGAGAGCUUGGGUCCUGUUGAUAUUCUAGAGUCCAGCAAAGACGAGGUCCGCUCACUGGUUUCCAAGGAGGUGUUCAUUAGAUACAGAUACACUCUUCCAGAAGAAUGGCCGGUGCAGCCAUUAUACCUGAUGAAGGAGAUUGCUCACAAGUUUGGCAUUCAAUGGAAGGACAGACGGUACGCGUUCAGUAAGGAAGAGUUUGUGCAAGAGAACAGCAAGAAGGCUGCAACCAAGCCGCAAACUACAUUCACCUCGGAAGACGUUAUUGCUAUCGUGCCGGUUGUCAAGGACUCGAUCUACAACUCUUCCACUGCAGAUGAGAUCUGGGAAGCUGGACGUGCCAGACUAAAGAAAGGCGAGCCAGAGGGACUUCAGUUGUUGAACGAGUCGAUUGAGGUUUACGAGCAAGUUUACGGGGCUAUUCAUCCGGAAACUGCCACUAUCUACGGACAGCUCGGACAGAUCUGUGUCGACAAGGAUAUGGGUGUUCAAGCUUGUGAACUGUCCCGUAAGUCUUUUAGAAUUCUUGAAAGAACGCGGGGAAUUGACUCUUCUGACUCUAUCCUUGCGCUGACCCGGAUGGCUCUUGUCGAGGCUUCGCAUGGCGAGCACCUAAAUGCCAUCAAGCUUCAUGGUCGAAUUCUCAAGUACUGGUUGACGUACUUUGGAGAGUCGCACAUCAACGUUAUUUCCGGACUGUCUGCCAUUGCAAUGAUUCUGCAAAACGUCCAACUGCACUCGCAGGCGGUUGAUGUGUUUAGCAAGGCUGUUGAGCUCAGUGACAAGUACGUUGGAGCAGAGACGCAGAUGUCUGGUCUGUUGCGGUUCCAGCUCGGUCAAUCUCUAGUGUCCUUGAAGCGGUUCGUUCUUGCUGGCGAGCAAUUGGAGAAAGCGUCUGCAAUUUUCCGUACCACGCUCGGAGUCAACGACAGAAGCACUCGCGAGGCCUCGAAAUGGUCUGCCCAGCUGAAGGAGUACAUCUCUGUGAUGCAGAAGCAAGGAAAACAGGCAAAGUCGCUGGAAGCACAGAUGGCCAAGAAGGCCCACAAGACUCCGCUUCCGUCCAAGAAGAAGUCUGUCACUCCAAAUCCGGAGAUUGCAGAAAAGUCUGUUGACGAGAUCAUGAGGUUUAUCGAGGGCCAGCCUAAAAAGUCCAAGAAGAAGUCCAAGAAAUAG